AUCAAGUGCGAGCUGGGAUUGAGUGAGAAGGAGCAGAGCUUGAUAACAACGCUAAAUUUUGCUGGCAUGAUCUUUGGAUCAUAUGCCUGGGGAACACUGUCAGACUUGGCAGGCCGGAAAUUUGCGUUCUUUGGAGUCUGCUUGGUCGGCGUCCUCUCGAGUCUUCUGGCUGCCUGCAUGCCAGAGCUGACGUUGCUGACCACAUUCCUCACGGGCCUGGGUUUCACAGCGUUCAGCAACAUCUUGGGGGAGACCUUCCUGGUCGAGUACCUUCCUGGCAAUCAUCGUGGCCUGUGGUGUGUGGCUGUGAACAUAUUCUGGGGCAUCGGGAUUUUGCUGACGGCUGUCUGCGCCUGGACAGUCAUGCCAUGGAAGGGCUGGCGUUUUUUCUUGGCCUUCAUCAACAUACCAUACCUGAUCAUUCUCCUACUCUGGCCGCUGAUUCCUGAAUCGGCACAUUUCCUGGUGGUCAUGGGUGAGCCAGCAAAGGCACGGAAAGCUCUGAGUUGGGUGGCAUGGAUGAAUGGGGCUGAGAUGCCAUCGGGGCGGCUGUUGGUGCCCCCACAACACCAUAACAAGUCGAACAAAUACAAUGUACUUCUCAAGAUGAAGGAGAUGCUGCAGGAGGAUGAGAGGUGGGGUAUAAGUUGA